GUCGCAGUAUAAAGGGCGACUAUGAUUAAGUUGUUCAGGACAUGGAAGGUAAAGUAAACAAGAACAAAGCUCAUAGUUUAAUUCCCUAAGGCUCAUGUUUGAUGCUAGUGUAUGACUUAAUUAUGUUAAUUAAAUCGUAAAGUAUUAAGUUUUAUUAAGUACUUUUAUAUCUUUCAAGGAAAAUCGAAUCGUUAUCAGUAUAUAAUUUUAUUAUCUAUGCGUUGAAUUUUAUAAACAACACUUCUUAUUGUAAUAUUAAAACAUUUCUAUCCUAUAUAUAAUUAAAAAAAAUGUUAGAGUACCAUUUUAUUCGUACUCAUAUACCAAGAUGAUAGCAAAAACGUUGUGUUUUCUUUUAGUGCUUUUCUAUGGUCACCAAGUUAAUAGUAGAACUACUCAAGGUGAUGUCGUUGAGUGGCAGGAUUAUAAUCCCGAUUCUAUCCCUGACGAUGCAAUCCCGUCUGGUGGCACAUUAGAUGGGCAGGAUAUUUAUAUUGGAUUAGUGCACUUUAAUAAUAAAGAAUUUGAAGGUUUUAUACCUACAAAUAUUAUCGGUGGACAAAAAUGUGUGCAUAUUCCUGUAGGUUUGGAAGAGAUUGAAACAGUCUGUGAUGACAUUAAGAUCCUAGUUGGAAAAAAUGAUUACAUAAACAAACUGUACUGGGAGAUUGCCAGACCUUAUUUUUUUGAAUCAUACUUUGACUCAGAUGAUUUUCGUCCUGUCCGAGCUGGAUGGGAAUCUCAUACUACUAGUUACAAUUCUUCGCUGUAUCUUGGAAAACAGUUCUUUGCUGGCAUGAAUUGGAUAGGAAAAAUAUAUAAUAGCUAUCCCAAGACAGAUGAAAAUGGUGCCGCUGUUUAUGUUUUCGAAAAUUAUUUCGAUCCAGAGGAACUCCUAGUUUUUAAAGGAGUUUAUUACGAACUUUUAUUAUUUAGAUACUAAAAAUCUUUAUUAUAUUAUUUGUGAUAUUCAGUCUUUUGUAACAAAUAAAUAACAAAACCAUAUAUUAA